GCCAGUUCCUGCUGGAGGUGGGCGGCAGCGCCCGCCUGGCCGACCUGGUGCCCCUCGUCGCCCGCAUCUACAACGGGAGGCUGAAGGUGCAGCGCCUCUGCACAGAGAUGGAGGAUCUGGCAGAGCAUGGUGUUUUCUUGCCUUAUAAUAUGCACGGACUGACAGAUGAGCAAAUCGAAGAACUGAAGUUAAAGGAUGAGUGGGCAGAAAAGUGUGUACCAAGUGGUGGAAGUGUCUUCAAGAAGGAUAAAAUUGGGCGAAGAAAUGGACAUGCUCCAAAUGAAAAAAUGCAGCAAGUUAUAAAGAAGACAAUAGAGGAAGCCAAGGCAUUAAUCUCCAAGAAACAAGUUCAGGCCAAUGUGUGUGUUUAUAUGGAGACGGUGAAAGAUGCACUGGACCAGCUCCGAGGGGCUGUGAUGAUCGUGUAUCCAAUGGGAUUGCCUCCACAUGAUCCAAUUAGGCUGGAGUUUGAAGAUAAAGAAGACUUAUCAGGAACUCAUGCUGGACUUGAAGUUAUACCAGAAUCAGAAGCACAAUUAUGGUGGGCAGGAAAGGAGUUGAAAGAAUCAAAGUUGCUCUCUGACUAUGUAGGCAAAAAUGAGAAAACAACCAUCAUUGUCAAGAUACAGAAAAAAGGACAAGGAGCUCCAGGGCGUGAACCACUGAUGUGUCAUGAAGAGCAAAAACAGAUGAUGCUGUACUGCCACAGAAAGCAGGAGGAACUUAAGAAACUAGAAGAGGAUGACGACGACUCAUUUCUAAAUGCUGAGUGGGCAGACAACAAUGCUCUGAAAAGGCAAUUUCAUGGUGUAAAAGACAUCAAAUGGGGUCCAAGAUGAAGCUCUGCAAACACCUUUUUGCCUCUUAAAGCUGUUUGGUUGAUACCCUUGUUUGCAAUGGGGAGUUGUGUUGUGUGCAGUAGAUCCUGACAACAGCUGAAAUUGUCACUUCUAUAGCGGGUGCCUGUUUCAACCUUAGGUUUUCAAUAAGUGUUUACACUUCUGUGUAACUGUAGCAGCACUUGUUUCUGCAAAGAACUAAAUCAAUCCUGUUGAAGUUUAUUAUUUUAUUAGAAACUUGUAAUUUGAAUAUUGACAUAUUAAGCUAUUUCAUAGAUGAUAUAUCUAGUAAAUAUACACUA